GAUUUGUUUCAUCGAUUUUAAGAAGAUAUAACAUUAAAGCAAGGGCUUGGUGCCACUUGUCUUCAUGUCAAGUGCACGUCUUGGACAACUCAUAAACACUAUCAAUACACCAUAUCAAAUUAUCUUGAUAAACUCCUCUGACUAUCUCUCUCUCUCUCUGCUUUGCUGGAUUUCAAACUUUCAAUUGUGGGUUUUAAUGGCGUUUGUCUGCUAAGUGAACCAGACCGAAACUAAACCUUAUAGUUUUCGGAUCAUCAUCAUCAUCAUCAUUAUUAUCAGAACAACUUACGACUGCUGUGUGAUACUCUUUCUCUCACUCUUUAUUGUCCAAACAAGGGUUCGUUUGUGAAUACCCAAUUCCGUUUUUGGUUUGAUUUGAUCCGUAGAUCUAACUGUUUCACUUCCAGAUCUUCUUCUCCUUUUAACUUCGAAGGCAAGGCAGCUACAAGUGAUUUUACAGAUCGAAAUUUGAUUUUGGGGGAAAUCUUAAUGAAAUGAGGAUACUUCCGAGAGAUGUUGUGAGGAGAUGAGGCAUGUUAUCUGGGUUCAUGAACUUUUUGUGGGCCUGUUUCCGGCCACGCUCGGACCGACAUGUUCACAAUGGUUCUGAUUCCGGCGGUCGUCAAGACGGACUCUUAUGGUACAAAGAUACAGGACACCAUUUUAAUGGCGAUUUCUCCAUGGCUGUAGUUCAAGCCAAUAAUUUAUUAGAAGAUCAAAGCCAACUCGAAUCAGGGUGUUUAAGCUUACAAGAAUCAGGCCCUUAUGGUACGUUUGUAGGAGUGUAUGAUGGACACGGAGGCCCUGAGACUUCACGAUUCAUCAACAGUCACCUCUUUCAACAUCUCAAGAGGUUUACUUCAGAGAAUCAAUCGAUGUCAGUGGAGGUAAUAAAGAAAGCCUUUCAAGCAACAGAAGAUGGUUUCAGCUCCAUUGUAUCUAAACAAUGGCCGAUGAAACCACAAAUAGCAGCCGUUGGAUCAUGUUGCCUUGUUGGAGUUGUAUGUAAUGGGAGCCUUUACAUUGCAAAUCUUGGAGAUUCUAGGGCUGUUUUAGGAAGACUUGUGAACGCAACUGGUGAAGUUCUUGCAAUUCAGCUUUCAGCUGAACAUAACGCGUGUAUAGAAUCAGUGAGACAAGAAUUGCACUCUACGCAUCCAGACGACUCACAGAUUGUCGUUUUGAAGCAUAACGUGUGGAGAGUCAAAGGCCUCAUACAGAUAUCAAGAUCUAUCGGUGAUGUGUAUCUAAAAAAGGCGGAAUUCAAUAGGGCGCCUUUAUAUGCGAAAUUCAGGCUUCGUGAACCUUUUAAAAGACCGAUUUUGAGCUCUGAUCCAUCGGUUUCAGUGCACCAAUUGCAACCACAUGAUCAGUUUAUCAUUUUUGCUUCAGAUGGACUUUGGGAGCACCUUAGCAACCAAGAAGCCGUUGAUAUUGUUCAAAAUAAUCCACACAGUGGGAGUGCUAGAAGAUUAAUAAAAGUGGCAUUACAACGAGCAGCAAAAAAACGGGAAAUGAGAUACUCUGAUUUAAAAAAAAUCGACCGUGGGGUCCGCCGCCAUUUCCACGAUGACAUCACCGUGGUGGUCCUCUUUCUUGACUCCAACCUCAUGACCCGUCGAACCGCUAACGUAUCCGUUAAAGGAGCCGGGGUUAGCCUGCCCUCAAACACACUCGCACCCGAAACCGGCCCCACCUAGUGCUCUCUCUUUAAAUCAUCAAAAGCUAUACAUAUAUAUACAUAUAGAAAACUGUAUCUAUAUCCCUCUCUCUAGUUUUCAAAUUUCUUGUACUAUUUUGUCAAAGUGUGAAUACCCACCCUAGUAGGUUCUUGUUAAAUGGUCACAAACCAGGUAUAACCCAAUGGUGCACCGUGGUUCUUUGGCUCGGGUCGAACCAGGCAACCACGGUGCAUUGUGGUUAACCGAACCAAGCCGACACACAGUUGAAGUUAAAAUUUGUUAAAUGUAAUAGUGUAAUCUCUUUAAGUGAGAGUACUGAUGCUAAAACUUUACAGAUAUAAGCGUAUAGUUUAUUCCCUUA